UAAUCGCCCGUCGGUAAUCCUCCGCGAGGAUCUUGAAAUAAUCACGUAGGUCGCUGGGUAGCUCGGCGCAAGUGAAUUCCAUGCUCCCUCGGGAGAAGAAUAUUCGCCGUACAAAAACAAGGAACAAAACAGUCACUGACCUGACCGGAGGCUAAGUGCUGGCUGGGUCCAAGUUUGGCCAGAUUGUUCUGUCAGGACUCGGGCAGGCGGCGGACCCACAUGCACAGCACGAAGGCACGAUUAUGAUAAAGCGCAGGUUUAUUAGACAAGGCAGGGUCAGGCAGUCCAGGUCAUACACGGAAGUGUUCAGUGAGCGGUAAACAAGGGAGCAGGCAAUCUCUGAUUAAAUGUCCAGGCAGGGUUCGAUACACAAGCAGGCUCGGUAAAGGUACAAACGGGGAUAAGGCAAACUCACGGUCAGGUAGUUAGUCCAGGUUCUUUUACAGGCAGGAUACACGGAGCAAGGCAAAACAGGAACAGGCACGAGGAGCACGGACACGGAACACGAAAACACGGGAAACUCGGAACGCUCAGGAAACACGCGACACUGAUGAAACACGACAAUCUGGCAAGUGACUACGGGAACAGGAGGUGACUAAAUACACAGGAUAUAACAGGAGGAAACGCAGAGUGGACCUCAUCACUGAGACCUUUGAUCAUUUUACCUGGAAGGAACCGAGCUGAGGCUGGUCCACUAUGAGCAGUGGUGCUGGACCUGCACAAACCCUUUAGUGAGUCUGAAGCUGUGGGUGGUCGUCUCUCCUCUCUCACCUCCAGCCGGGGGAGGCAGAUGGUCGAACGCCCUGGAGGGUUGAAGGUUGUUUUGUUUUUGAGGUGAACUGGAGUGAGCUGGUUUUUGGGUCACGUAGACCCAGAUGGAGGCGACCCAAACCACAGCGUACAGUAGUUACAUUCAGAGAGGAAGAGGUCGUGUGGCCUAGAUCAGAACUCAUGAUCAGCUCAGUGAUGAGCCGGGUCCUCGUCGGGUCGGCUUCAGUGGAGACAUUGAAACCAAAAGGCCUCAUUUCCAUCAGUGAGUGUUAGUAACUGACUGCUGUGAUUUCCAGCUCAACGUCUGCUCUUCUGGACGUUUCCUCCAGUCAACGAACGUCAGCGCAGAGAAGCUGCAGAUGACUUUCCACAGAAACCACCAGACAAAUGUCAAGCACAGGAAGGAGGACAGUCGGGUUCUGGUUUCUGAAGGCGAGGACACAGUGACUCAGCUCAGAUGGAGGGAACGGGCUCCUGGAGGCUGCUCGUUUUCUUCUUCAGUUUUCUUCUCCUUGGUCUCAUUUUAACCUCCACAGCCCGUCUGACUGUGAGUCCCAGCAGCUCUCAGCUCUUUGAACACCAGUUCAUGAAUCUCAGCUGUGAGGACGACGACGGAUCUGCUGGAUGGACGGUGACGAGGAACACGAGCAGAGAAACCAGAGCUGCGUGUGGAGCUGAUUGGGGAAAACUUGAUGCUUUCUUCUGCACCAUCAGCUACAUCCUCCCGUGGGACAGUGGUGUUUACUGGUGCGAGUCCAGCUCUGGCUCCAGCAGCAGCAGCAGCAGCAUCAGUGUCUCAGGUGGAUCCGUGAUCCUGCAGAGCCCUGUCCUCCCUGUGAUGGAGGGACAUGAUGUCACUCUGCACUGUCAAACAAAGAGCCCUCCCUCCGAACUCCCAGCUGAUUUCUAUAAAGACGGCUCCCUCAUCAGGACUGAGCCCACGGGUCACAUGACCAUCCACCACGUCACCAAGUCUGAUGAAGGAGUUUAUAAAUGCAGCAUCGAGGCUUCUGGAGAGUCUCCGUCCAGCUGGAUCCAUGUCUCAGCGGUGCGUCGGGAUGAAACCCAAAGCUGAGACAGACAAACACAGAGCGUCGGUCUGCUUCGAGGAGGUGACUUAUAACGAAGUAAUCAUCAGGCCGAGCAGCAGGAGAGGUGGGCUGCAAACAAAC